UGUCUGGCUGGCUGGUGGGGUGCGCGCUGCGGGGGCGAGAGCCGGAGCGGGCUGGGCGCCGCCGUGCCCCCUCCCUCCGGCCUGCCUUCUUUUCCGCCCUCCCGCCUCCCCCAGCCUGGGCCCUGCCGCGCCGCAAACAGCGGCCGCCUCUUCUCUGUGUUUUCCAGCAAGCCAAGAUGGAGUAUGAGUGGAAGCCCGACGAGCAGGGACUCCAGCAGAUCCUGCAGCUGCUCAAGGAGUCGCAGUCGCCGGACACCACGACGCAGAGGGCCGUGCAACAAAAACUAGAACAACUCAAUCAGUAUCCAGAUUUCAACAACUACCUGAUUUUUGUUCUUACAAAACUGAAGUCUGAAGAUGAACCAACACGUUCCUUGAGUGGACUCAUCUUGAAGAAUAAUGUAAAAGCCCAUUUUCACAACUUUCCCAAUGGGGUAACUGACUUCAUUAAAAGUGAAUGUCUUAACAAUAUUGGUGAUUCAUCACCUUUAAUUAGAGCUACUGUAGGCAUUCUGAUAACAACCAUUGCUUCAAAAGGAGAAUUACAGAACUGGCCUGAACUCUUACCAAAACUUUGCAGCUUGUUGGACUCUGAAGAUUACAAUACUUGUGAGGGUGCUUUUGGCGCUCUUCAGAAGAUAUGUGAAGAUUCUGCUGAAAUUUUAGAUAGUGAUGUAUUGGACCGACCACUCAAUAUAAUGAUACCUAAGUUCUUGCAGUUCUUCAAGCACAGCAGUCCAAAAAUAAGGUCUCAUGCUGUUGCCUGUGUCAAUCAAUUUAUCAUCAGCAGAACUCAAGCUCUUAUGUUGCAUAUUGAUUCUUUUAUUGAGAAUCUUUUUGCACUGGCUGGUGAUGAGGAGCCCGAAGUACGCAAAAAUGUUUGCCGGGCUCUGGUGAUGUUGCUGGAAGUUCGAAUGGAUCGCCUGCUUCCUCAUAUGAUUAGUAUAGUUGAGUACAUGCUUCAAAGGACCCAGGACCAAGAUGAAAAUGUGGCAUUGGAGGCUUGCGAGUUUUGGCUGACUUUGGCUGAGCAGCCAAUUUGUAAAGAUGUGUUAUGUCGGCAUCUUACUAAGCUGAUACCUGUGCUGGUAAAUGGUAUGAAAUAUUCAGAAAUCGAUAUUAUUCUACUGAAGGGGGAUGUUGAAGAAGAUGAAGCUAUUCCAGAUAGUGAACAGGACAUAAGACCUCGUUUUCAUCGUUCACGGACGGUGGCUCAGCAACAUGAAGAAGAUGGUAUUGAAGAUGAUGACGACGAUGAUGAUGAACUUGAUGAUGAUGACGCUAUUUCUGACUGGAAUUUAAGGAAAUGUUCUGCUGCUGCUCUAGAUGUCCUAGCCAAUGUAUUUCGUGAUGAACUUUUGCCACACAUCUUGCCCCUUUUGAAGGAAUUGCUCUUCCAUCCAGAAUGGGUAGUUAAGGAAUCAGGUAUCCUUGUUCUUGGAGCAAUUGCUGAAGGCUGCAUGCAGGGUAUGAUUCCAUAUCUUCCUGAGCUGAUCCCUCAUCUUAUUCAGUGCCUCUCGGACAAAAAGGCUCUUGUGCGCUCCAUUACAUGCUGGACCCUGAGUCGCUAUGCACACUGGGUAGUUAGCCAACCCCCAGACACAUACUUGAAGCCAUUAAUGACUGAGUUGCUAAAGCGUAUCCUGGAUAGCAACAAGAGAGUACAAGAAGCUGCCUGCAGUGCCUUUGCUACUCUAGAAGAGGAGGCUUGUACAGAGCUUGUUCCCUAUCUCGCGUAUAUACUUGACACUUUGGUCUUUGCAUUUAGUAAAUACCAGCAUAAAAACUUGCUCAUUCUUUAUGAUGCCAUAGGAACUUUAGCAGAUUCUGUAGGACAUCAUCUAAAUAAACCAGAAUAUAUUCAGAUGCUAAUGCCUCCAUUGAUCCAGAAGUGGAACAUGUUGAAGGAUGAGGAUAAAGAUCUCUUCCCUUUGUUAGAGUGCCUGUCGUCAGUUGCUACUGCCUUGCAAUCUGGCUUCCUUCCAUACUGUGAACCUGUAUACCAGCGUUGUGUAAAUCUAGUGCAGAAGACCCUUGCACAAGCCAUGUUGCAUAAUGCUCAGCCAGACCAAUAUGAGGCUCCAGAUAAAGAUUUCAUGAUUGUGGCUCUUGAUUUACUCAGUGGUUUAGCUGAAGGACUUGGAGGCAACAUUGAACAGCUAGUGGCUCGCAGCAAUAUCCUGACACUAAUGUACCAGUGCAUGCAGGAUAAAAUGCCUGAAGUGCGGCAGAGUUCUUUUGCAUUGUUAGGGGAUCUGACAAAGGCAUGUUUUCAGCAUGUUAAGCCUUGCAUCGCUGAUUUCAUGCCAAUUUUGGGAACCAACCUAAACCCUGAAUUUAUUUCUGUGUGUAACAAUGCCACCUGGGCAAUUGGAGAAAUCUCCAUCCAAAUGGGUAUAGAGAUGCAGCCUUAUAUUCCAAUGGUGUUGCACCAGCUUGUAGAAAUAAUUAACAGACCCAACACACCAAAGACGUUGUUAGAGAACACAGCAAUAACAAUUGGUCGUCUUGGUUACGUUUGUCCUCAAGAGGUGGCCCCCAUGCUACAGCAGUUUAUAAGACCCUGGUGUACCUCUCUGCGAAACAUAAGAGACAAUGAGGAAAAGGAUUCAGCGUUCCGUGGGAUAUGCACCAUGAUCUCAGUCAACCCCAGCGGAGUAGUCCAAGACUUUAUUUUUUUUUGUGAUGCUGUUGCAUCGUGGAUUAGCCCAAAAGAUGAUCUCCGAGACAUGUUCUGUAAGAUUCUUCAUGGAUUUAAAAAUCAAGUUGGGGAUGAAAAUUGGAGGCAUUUCUCUGACCAGUUUCCUCUUCCCUUAAAAGAGCGCCUUGCAGCUUACUAUGGAGUUUAAUCUCAUGCACUGUAGCUGCAGUCCCAUAAUUAGAGGUCCUUCAGUCUGGGAGACUAUGAGGGAGCCUCUGCACCCAGGGAAAAUGUUACCCUUUACUGGGGGGAAGGGUAAACCAGUAGGGAAUACAGUACAAUCCCAACCCUACUGGGAGGGGCGGGAGGGAGGUGUUGCCGUCACUGUAUUAAGUCGAUGUUGGGAAAUGUUUUAACAUCUGGAGCCUUUGUGGGUGGAAAUCUGUCUCCUAUUACAACUCUGCACUGGAUGUGAAGAAGAAAAAAAAAAAAAAGGAAAAAAAAAAAGAAUAUAGUCACAAAACAGCACAUUGUGGAAUAUUGUGGGGAAUUGUACCAAAUAAGAACCAUAUAAUUGAACCAUAGGGGAUACGUAAAGACGAAAACUAUUUUGCGCACAAUAAAGGAAACCUAAGAAUGGGGGUCACAAACAGUAAAAGGCUUUCUUUUUUCUUUUAUGUUUUUUUAAGUAAGGGUUUUCUACAUUAUUUCAUCCUGCCUGAUGGGAUUCCUAGGUAUUUGCAUGUUAAUGAAGAACUACACAAAUGAAGUUAGUACUGUUAAAAUGCAGCUUGUGUCUGUAAUAGGAGCAGGCACUUGCAGCGUACAAUAUAGAAACCCCAUUAUAAAUGAAUAAAGGUUAACUUGGACAAAAAUGAAGCAACCUGCAAGCUGCCAAGUCAGUCACUCCUUCAUUUUUGGGGUAGGGGGAGGGACACUUCAAAGGAAAAGAUUGACAUUUUGAUUUUUACAUUAAAAAGAGAAUUAAAGUAGUGGAUAUAAUUUGAUUAUUGUACUUCAUUAGAUUUAAUUUCUAGAGUAAGGCAUUAUUCUUAACGUGCAGUUUAAGGUUCAGGCAUGCGUUCUGGCUCAUAGUGAUCAGAAGUAAUCUUAAAUUAGUGGAAAAGUAGCAUGCUUGCAUCACAUAGAGUGAAAUUGGUAUACAUUUACCUAUGUUGCGCCAGUUUUGUGUUGCAGUUUACCAAUUCAAUAUAGCCCUGCAUUUAAAAUUCCUUUCUAAGAUUCUGUGGAUUUCAUUUUCAUUAAGAAUAUAGAUAUAAAGUACUGUAGUUAACAAUUAGGCCUUGAAAUACCUUUAGGAUCUCUUAAGAAUAAGAUUGAUAUUGUAUUGUGUGUAACCUGCACAAUGUGGAAAGCUGAUAUAGCUGUGCAAAAUAUUUGCCUCUGUGCUGUCAGUGUGAUGUGCUUUCUGCAUGGUUAUAUACUAGUGAUUUUAUCAGAAUCUCUAAAAAUGAGUUACAUGGUAAGACCCGUUAAAGGCUGCGUAAAUGUUAGUUGGCACGUAAAGACAAUUGUAGAAGUUGAUGACAUGAUUGCUAUAUUUGUGUUUAUUCCCACUCAACAUAUUACCUUCUAUGCUUUCUUUUUGUUCAAAGCAUGAUCUUAAAGAGAUGUUUUAAGUUAAUGGAUGUAAUGCAGGGUAUCUACACUGUAUUGGCGCAUGUUGGUGGCCCUUUGUGAUGUAGUUAAAUGCACAAGGGUGCAAGUUUAAAGCUACAGGGUGAAAGUUGGUUUGGAUCCUCUUCAUUUCAUUUGUUUAGUUUUUCUGUUGUGUUUUUUUCUCUACUUACAUGUAUUCCUGUGAAUAAAUCCUUGUUAAGUUAACCCUUUACUUUUCCUUCCAUGUGUAUUUUCUUAUGUACUGUGAAUGUGAAAUCCUAACUGGUACACUUGAUCUUGUGUCCAUCUGAAAGUGGCAAGUCUUUAAUAAUUUAGAUUGCCUAAAGAGUAUCCCAUGAUGAUAAAGGAAAAUGGAGAGAUUUUUUUAACUCUGCUGGUCAGAGGUGAAGCCACACCUUUCCAUUUUUCAAGUGCUGCAUAAUUAAUCUGCAAGAUAAAAUUAAGCCAUAACAGCCUUUUGUAGAUUUAGUUUCUCACCUUUGCAUUGCAGAAUGGAUACUAGAUAACAGUUUGGGGUUUUUUGUUUGUUUGUUGUUGCUUUUUUUUUUUUUUUUUUUUUUUAAGAACUUGCUCUUCUUUGCAUGGUUCUUUUCUGACUGUUGAAUGAUUUAGCCCAUUGCACUGAAGUUUGAGGUGUGUGAGUGUGAACUUAUAAAUGCUUUUUAAAGAGUUUUGAUUUUUUUUUUUUUUUUAAUGCAUGAUAGCAUGCAUGUUUUACAUCCUUCCCCCCCCCCCCUUUUCCUUAUUUUUUUGGCUUUGCAAAUUUGGAGGGAUUAUGCCUGAAGAAUAGUUUGGACAUGUACUGUAUGAAGUACGUUCAGUAAUGCUAGUACAUUGUAUUUAUUUGAUUUGGUCCAAAUUGCAUGUGAUAACUUGGUUUCAAAUUACAUUGCUGUGGUAGCAAAUACAAAGUUCCUUCUUAAUUAACAACUGAAGUAAAUGAAUAAUAGUCAAUAAAAAAAGCUUUAAAAUCAAAUUCUGGGGAAAAAAACAACCUUGAAAAUACAGCAAGAACUGUGGAAUAGGAAAGCUACCCAAACAUACUGUAGCAUAACAGCUAGAAUCUGGAUUUACCUAAAUUCUUAAAUGUCAGGAAGCCCCUUUAACCAAAUAUAACUAUUCCACCUCCCCUGGGAUUAGCUUAGGAUGCCACUUUUGUACGUAGGUAUUUUAAUAGGUGCUUGUACAGACAUGAACUGAUCUGGUCUAACAGCAAGGAAAAUAAUUAAAAUAAGGCAGAAAUAAACAGUACUGACAAUGCAGUCUUUUGUAUCAGUAAGUUAUGUCAUGAUAUAUUUAAAAGCAAAUAAACUGUAUUCCUAAAGCAUAGUAAUAUAGCGCAGAUAUUUGCAGAAGCCAUUAAGGGGAUAAUGUGAAGUUAAAAAAGUUCUGAAUCAGCAUUAACAUUGACAAUUCAGUUAUUGCAUCAUGGGAUAUAUAAAAAGCAUCUUGAUUGUUGUGGUGUAGUCUUGACAGUUCUUGAAUGUUGACUGAAUGUUUAUACUGGUAGAAUUGUGAGUCUGUCUUUGUUACAUUCCAGUGUUUCUGCCUCUUGGCAUGCUAAAAGCACGGCUUACUUCAUUUGCUCCUUACACACUGAAUAAAGUGCUGUUAGUGUGCUGAACUACAGAAAUAGCCGCUGCUAAGUAAUGGUGUAGAUUUUCUACUUGAAUAUUUUUGUUGUAGGAACCUCAGGAGGUCAGUGUUUACUGUUUUUAUAUAUGCCUUUUUCCUGUUUUGAGUUUCCCUUUUUGAAGGAUUCUGAGAGUGAAAAGCUGCUGAUCAACCUAAGUUGGUAACAGAAAGUGUAUUUAAAAUCCUUAUAAAAGCAUCUUUUGGGAAGUUCUAAAUUACUGUUAAAUUAAUUCUAAGUGAAGUUCAGUUCUAAAUUUUUUUCAUUACAUAUUCAGGAAACAGAUAAUUUCAUUUAGGAAAAAAUAUUAGAAUAGUUCAUUAUUUUCACCAGUGCAAGCAAAAAUAAUAAAUUUUGUAAUUUUUUUUUCCAAAGCUUGAUUAUUUUUUAAAUCAGUGAACAUGUAUAUAUUUAAAAUUUAAUAAGGUAAUUCUUAUGCUUUAGUUUAUUGCUCCUUAAGCUUGUACUCAAAGAUCACUUUUAGAAGUAGGUGUUUAAAAUUUAUAAUUGUUAUAAUUUUUAAGGUUAUGAAGUAGCAUAAAUUUUGUAACUAACAAUAUUGAUACACACUGUGACUUUUUUUUUGUUAGGAAUUUUAUUUUAGCAUCAAUCUUAAUCACUUAAACUGCAUAUAUUGUAAAAUAGUAAGAUGUAUAUUUUAAAACUUCAAGUGGCUUUCCUUAAGUGAAACUCAUUGCUAUUUAGAAAUAUUAAAAUAUUAGCUUUAUCUCAGGUGAACACUCUUGUACCCCCUUUCUUCAGAACACAUGCUAAUAAAAAUGUGUCUUAAUUAUAUCAGUUUAUGUAUUUAAUUUAGGCAGCUCCUUUGUCUUAACUCUAAAUUAACGUUUUACUGUGGGAUAAUAAUGACUUCUGCUUCACGUAUUUUAUUCAUAUUGAAUGUAUUAACAUAUAAGGUGCAAAAAACAUUCUUCCCUUGAGGAGAAUACAUCCAUAUUCAAAGAACUGAAAUAUUUCUGGAAAAAUGCUUUAAAUGCAACAUUAUAUUGGAACUAGUUUGUUUCAGAAUAUGUCAAGGAAAGAAGUUGCUACUAACACUAAUUGCUUCAAUACUGUUUCUUUCAUGGGGAUCAUAGAUGCAAAAAGCUCCUAUAUAGGGUCUAAAAUGUAACUUUAAGAUAAAAAGUUAGGCUCCACAGUGGAAUGGCAAAACAUCCUGCAGUUUUCUCAGAUAGAUGCUGAUGUAGUUUGCGUAUGUAUUUGUUAUAUAUUGCAUAAGUAUUUCCAGUAACCUCAUCUUGAAUAAAUAAAGCUUGAUCAGUAGCUGUAUAUUUCACUCACCUAUGCAUUCUCCAGAAUUACUUCCAUCCAUCUUCUAAAUAUUCAAUAGGAAUUUUUUGUCUGCCACUGGUGCUUGCUCUUUGCACUUAAUGGUUGGAGCAGCCCAGCUUUAGCUUGUUAUUUUAAAUGGGAAACUGAGGCGAGUACUCUUGUUGCUUGCAUAUAUUCUCCUAAAAUAAUAUGGAUAGUAAUGCACUUGAAUGUACUUGUAUGAGGGAAGUUAAAAAUGGCUCUGUCAGAUGAAUCCAUGUGGCGUUACAAUAGACUUUAAAAAAGCCAAAUUCACAUCUCAAAGAAUUCAGCACUUACAGUAUAGUGUAAUUUUUCUAAAAACAGGUUCUGUUGUGCUACUUCGCCUUAGAUAUCUAUUUCCUUGCUUUGGGUGAACAGCAGAAUUGAGAAGGACUGUGUGUUUUUUGCAAGACAGCAAUUAGGAAAAAAAAAGAUUGGUAUUAAGCAGGUUCAUUGGGCUGCUGAAAUCUCCAUUGUAGUAGUAUCUUUUUUCAUAGGAAGAGAUAGCUAGUUAUGUCGUACAUUGUCUGACCUACUAAUGCUAGACACUUCUAAAAUUUCAAAUUGGAUGUGAUAUACAAAAUAGUUUAAAAUUAAAGAUGACUGGAUCUUUCUGCUGACAACUUAGGUUGUAUGAGUUUCGCUUGAAAGCUUUAAAUCUGAUGUUUCUGUAUCUGCCACAAUGUUGGAAUGCUUCCUUCAAACAUAUCCUCCUGCAACCUCUCAAACUGUACUAAACUGAGUGAUAUUUCUUGAAGUCUGCCUAUGUGCUAACAGAACUUCAUUUUAAAUAGAAUAUGGUUUUAAUUUUUGAUAAGCUGCUGAAUUUUAAGAGUUUUUGGGGCCACCAAAUAUUUUGGAUCAUGCAGAGAAUAUAUAUUGUACUGUAGUAAUUUUGUAUUUACAUUUGUAUGAUGUGACAUAAUAGAUGUGAAUGUUAAUCACUGCUUGACUAUGUUAAUAAAGUUGUUUAAA